GAGGGGCGGAGUGGCUGGUUGUGUGAACUGUGGUGUGGAGCCGAGCGAGCAAAAGAAUCCAUCCGUCGUCGUCGCAGUUGGUUCGGUGCUGGUCCUCCUCCGUUCGGAUUUUUACCCUUCGGCGAGGCGAAAAGUGGGUGCAAGGGCGUGCGCCAGGGCGCAUUCAGUGAGCAGCCGCACGGCCUUCGGACACCUGUGGACACACAGAGCAGCAGCACUCGACCGACGGGCGAGGGCAAAUUUGACCAGGCAAAAUGUCGCACCACAGUGACGACAACAUGUUGAUCGCGACCAGCGACUCGUUCUGGGAGCCCAACAACUACAAGCGCACGACCAAGCGCAUCGAGGAUGGCUACAAGUUGUCCUCGGACCUGAUCACGCUGAUCCAGGAGCGGGCCGAGAUCGAGAGGAAUUAUGCGCGCAGCCUCAAGACCUGGUCCAAGAAGUGGAACGAGCUGAUCGAGAAGGGUCCCGAGUACGGAACCUCCGAAGCCGCGUGCAAGGGGGUCCUUGUUGAGGCGGAUCGUCUCUGCGACCUGCACACCAAGGUCAGGGACAACCUGUGCAACGACGUCGUCACGCAGGUCAAGAACUGGCAGAAGGAAAAUUACAAAAAGUCGAUGAUGCAAAUCAAGGAGAGGAAAGACAUGGAGGACAAUUUCAAGAAGGCGCAAAAGCCGUGGGCCAAGCUGCUUACCAAGGUGAACAAAGCCAAAGCCGACUACCACAAUGCGUGCAAGACGGAGCGCUCGGCAACCAACCAGGAGAGAAACGCAACCGGAGACAGUUCCUUGUCCCAGGACCAGAGAAACAAUUUGGUGAAGAAAAUGCAAGACCGAGUACAGAAGUCAAAGGAGGAGGUGCAGAAGUGCAAGGACAAAUACAACCAGGCGCUGAAGGAGAUUACAGAGUACAACCCCAAGUACAUGGAGGACAUGACCGUCGUUUUCGAAAAGUGCCAGGAGAAUGAGGCGCAGCGACUGCUGUUCUUCAAGGAGAUCCUCUUCUCCAUCCACAAGCACCUCAACAUUUCCCAGGACCCAACGCUACCACAAAUUUACGAAGAGUUCUACCAUACAAUCAACAAUGCUGACCAGGGCAAGGACCUCAAAUGGUGGUCCAACAACCAUGGCAUCAACAUGGCGAUGAACUGGCCACAAUUUGAGGAAUACACAGAGGAAUUCCGCGACAUUUCUAAGGGCAAGGGCAAGGACGGUCUGCCCGCCGGCCAAAUCACCCUCAUCCACCAGCGCAGCGUCAGCGAGGACUUGCAUGAGUUCCCGCCGACAAAUAACAAAUCGUCCAAGAGCAAGGUUACGGCCGCCAGGAUGAUUUCUAAUGAUGUCUCUGAUGGCAAAGACGUCAAGGGCAGCAAAGAGAAGGUUGACAGCAUCAGACAAACUACUCCGACUAUAACGAAUGGCAAGAGUCCGCAGCAGCAACAGUCGCAGCACUCAUCAGACAGCACUCCGUUUGAUAAUGACGAAGAGGAAUGGGAGGAUGACAGCGCAUUAAAGGACAACGGCGAGCCGGGAGUUCCUGUGAAAGCACUUUACGACUACGAGGGCGCCGAGUCAGACGAGCUCAGCUUUAAAAUUGGUGAUGUGUUUGAAAAGUUGGAGGACGAAGACGAGCAGGGUUGGUGUAAAGGGAGGAAAGACGGCCGGGUGGGUCUGUACCCGGCCAACUAUGUGGCUGCUGUGUAGCGCGGUGGUGACUAGGACUAAAGACUAAAUGGUUAUCAUUAACAAUUAACUACUUCGAAAGCAACAAUAACGAAAAGCUAUUCACUUGGUUCGAGGAGAAGAAAGGUUCGAAGCUCAUCAUCCCACCUGCUGCCGGGGUCACUGUCCCCUGGACAAGCCUCUCGAACGUCAUUUAUAUAAUUUUCUCUCAUUCAUCUCUGUGUUAGCGUGAAAAACGAACGACUCGUUUUUCCGAGGUCGUAGGAAGUUGAAAGCAAACAAAGUGUAAUUAAUUUAGCAAGAGCUGCUGCUUCUCUUUUGUUUAGGGUCUAAGGGCGGAGUCCGUCAUCAACUUCAUUGUGUGGACCAACUAAAAAAAAAAUGAAUUGGAGAGAGAUAAUUUUUCUGUCUCUUUUGUAGGCAAUAACGAGAGUAUUUGAAACUGUGCCAACUUGGUAAUAAUUGAAGAAGUGUAGGAUCAGUGUUGAUUUGUCCCGCUUUGCACCUCCACGCCGCCCUUCCAAGGCUGUACCACCAACCAACCAACUGCUACACCCCCGGAAACUCGUAUCCGAGGCUGCCGGGGCGAAUUCUGUAGAGAAGAAUUCAAAUGAACAGUAACCAUUCCUCAUUAAUGCUGAUGUUUAAUUAUUCUAUUACGAUAAUUUACACUUAAGUUUCCAGCUCUGUGUAAUCUACAGAGUUUAUCUAUGUGGAAAGAGUAUUAAUUUUUUUCUUAAUCCAUCAAUUUAUUGAAUAAAAAUUACCGUGCUGUACAUUAAAUGAGACGAUUGAAUGUCACACACCCAUCAAGCUGCUGCCAAAACAAGACUUUUGUCUUGCAGCAGGAAAAAUGCUCAAUUUGUGCUCCUGCAAUUAAUUCCGUGUUGAUCGAUCCAAGCACGAGUGUAAUAAAAAAAGAGUUUAUUCCUUCUGUUCUUCUUGUUGAGUAAUUGUAGCGCUCUGAUAUUUUAUUUUCGCCCCUGUCUUCUACUAACUCUUGUGGAAAAGAGAAGUUACUUCUUGUGCUCUGUAUAUCAAAUGUGUAUACAUAAUUAAUAUAUUUGAGAAAAAUGGAAAAAAAUACUUAAUCGUUGAGACGAAACGCCCUCCCCUCACAUGUGUCUGUACACUCCGAGAAAUUUUGUAAUAGAGGUGCUUCCCAUUAUGUUACGAGUAAAUGAUCCAGUAAAUAAAGAUGUCAUUGUAAAUGAUUACAA